CACCUUCUGAACGUUUUAAUGUACGUGGGAAUGAAAGCCGAACGCUAAUUUACAGUGUGUAGUUGAGGUUUGCUUACCUUUUAAUUCGUGCAACGCUUCUAUGGGCGCCAUUUUUAAUAUUUAACCGUUCUGACGUGACGUCAGGUGCAGGUGACACGCGCCUACCAAUCAGAUGCUUUGUUUAAACGUUGCUAUAGCAACCAGGAAGUACGCGGACAAAUGACGCUCAAUGAGUUCAUCGGCAAGUUAAACCAGACAACGACGCAAAAGACGAAGUAAUUUAUAGGAAUGUGUGACGACUCGGUUUAUUGACACUAAGGUGACCGAAAGGAAUGUCCGGAAGUGUUGGCUUGUGUUAGCCAGCAAACUAAUUGACAGCAACACUAUUGCUCAUUACGUUAAACCAUCAUGGACGCCAGUUCGUUAUCCUACUCGCUGGAGCAGGUUGCUGGCAGCGGGUGCAUUUUGAACUCUGAGCAAAGGGCAGCUCUGCAAACUUCUCUGAUUAUCGUGAAGAAGAACUACAAAUUCAACCGGGUGCUGUUUUGGGGCAAAAUACUCGGAUUAAAAGAGCAUUACUUUAUCGCUCAAGGGAGGAGGGAUGAUGAGCUGAAGGACACGCAGCAUUUCUACAGCUUCAACUGCAUUGACUGGUUCCUGAUCCCCACCACCACAACGGCAAUGAUUGAGGACGUCUCCAAAACGGCGAAGGGCCGAUUCGAAGGUGACCCGUCUUUUGUGUACGAACCAAAGCAGGGAGACAGACUUGACGGCACGGCCGAAGAGUCCACAAACAAAGUGACAGAGGAAACCAGACUCGCUGUGACGGUUCACCUCAUCAACGAGGAAGCGUCUGUGGUACCACGAGGUGCCUUCAUCACCAGCACGCACGGAGUGGUCCAUAUCAACCGUAGCUUUGGCGGACUUUCUUACUCUCAAGCCGGGAAACUAGAACACUUUCUUCAUUUUGCUCAACCUAAGACCCUGAAAAAGAAGUCCCUCCUGGAGAUGGCUGAGUUGAACCCUGCCUUAGACUUCCUAGAUCCACUGAGUGAAGACAUUCCAAAAGGAUCAUGGAGUCUCCAGUUUGAAGGUGCCAACAAAGUGUGUGUGAUCCGCAGCCUGCUGUGGUUGGGCCUGACCUUCUACCACGUACCCAUGACACCGCUGCACGGAUUUGGCUAUAUUGGAUACGGAACCAAGAACUUGGACCUACCCUUCAUGCUUUAAAAUAUGUUUAUUUUAAAGCACAGGUCUCAAACUCAAGGCCCGACGCCAAAUCUGGCCCGCCACAUUAUUUUAUGUGGCCCGCGAAAGCCUGGAAAUAAUAUGCGUAAAUAAAAUGCUUAAUCUUUUCUUUCUAAA